GGCAAAAUGUCCGUUUUGUUCAAGUUUUCUAUCUUCCCCCUGAGGUUCGUUCGGCAUUCCCGUUUUGUCUCAGGUUUCAUACACAGCCACUGCAGCCGCUCAUCGUCAUCUGCUCACCUUCAUCAGGGAACUCAACCUUUGUCAGUCUGUCUUCACUACUCUCGAACUCCUGAUAGUCCUCGACAUUUCUUGUCCACUUCUACUUCAGAUACCACCUCCGAAGGUCCUCAAGAUUCGCAUCCCUCAGCCGCACAUUUAGAUUUGACUGACUCAGAGCUGCGCACUCACGUCCUCGAGGCUGCUCUCAAAUACGUCCCUCAUUAUGGUUGGUCCAGAAUGGCUGUGGAGCAAGCGUGUCUUGCUGAAUCUCUUCCGCCAGGUCUGCACACCUUGGCUAUGCCUCGUGGGGGUAUCGAUUUGGUUCUCUACUUCUAUGCUUCGCGAAACGAGCAGCUCGCUCGAGCAAUGUGCGAGUGGCGUGCAACGGAGACCGCACAGUCGAUCGAAGCGUAUCAGGAAAGUAUACCACCGAAGUUCAAGAGUACCGAAGAGCUGGACGCGUUCCUAUACCGUGCUCUAAAGUUUCGUUUGGAAAAGAUCAUUCCAGUACUCGAUGCAUGGCCUCAAGCUCUCGGACUGCUUGCUGUGCCAUCCAAUGUACCCCCGUCCGUCGGUCUUUUGGCUCAACUUGUCGACGAGGUGUGGGCACAAGCAGGAGAUCGAUCUACCGACAUGACAUGGUACGCGAAACGGUUGGGGCUGGCCUACGUGUACAAUCUAACUGAGGUGUACAUGUUGCAAGACCGAUCACCGAAUUUGGAAGACUCGUGGACUUUCCUUCGAACCCGUAUAGACGAUUUACGUUCCUUAAAACAGAUGAACUUACAGCUCAAGGCAGUCAGUAGCAUGUUACGCGAUGGCAUCUGUGCUCUCGGAAAUGUGACAUGUAAUAUCCUGGGGCUCGCGCGGAAACGCUAACCGAUGCAGUUGGUUUGUCAACUAUUUUCGCUUCCAAAAUAACACAGUCUGCAAAAACUUGAAAUUUGAAGUUAUAUUUCUUUCACCUUCUCUCCCUAUCGAACUUUUCUUACUAGACAUGUUUUCAAGUGUACAAAACUCUAGAUUAAAUAAAGCUGUAAUUGAUCGGCUUCACUUCUCUGGACUCUCCCAUCAUCGUUUAUUGUGUGUUGGUUUGCAUCACUUACUAACUGCUCCCACAUUUUCCCACCCUCAGCUCCUUCCUGUUCGUCCUCCUAUUACAUGGCUCCCAAAUUCCGCAGCAACACAUGGGAUCCAGUGUUAAUUAUCAGCCAGAUGGUGUGCAUGCAAUGUUUGUUUUAUGUGUCCACAGGCGUCCUGCUCAUUUUGAGCGCCAUAUGCUUUCUGCACACUGGCCCUCAAUUAAGUUGGCUAUUCGAUGACCACGAGCUGCGCCUCGCUGUCACUUCGGGCAAAUUUAUCUUCGCUGCCUACCUCAUCUCCCCACUGUUCUGCAGUCUUGGGUUGUGGCGUUUUGUGAACCGGACGAAACAGUGCUUGGACUUCUCAUGCACCUUGUACUUUUGGCACAUGAUAUUUUGCAUAUUGUACACACGCCGCUUUCCACAGUCUCCACUCUGGUGGAUUACCAAUGUCGUCUCCAUUGUGGUGACCACUGUGAUGGGUGAAUUUUUGUGCAUGCGAUCCGAGUUGAAAGUGAUUCCGCUCCAGUCGUCGGGUGUGGCCUCCGGUAGUAGUUGCUGACUGCAAACGCCAAAUGUGAUCCACGCCCAAACUUUCACUGCUGCAUGGGUGUUAUGGUCGAUCUCCCCACGCUGCUUGCCCAGAUUUCCAAUGGGCGCCUUCCUCCUUCCGAAGCUCUGUCUUCAAACCGCAGGGUCGCCGUCCAUGCUCAGAAUCAUUUGUUCACUAUUGAUCUACUUUGUUUUCUCUACCCAUGUGCCUUGAUGCUUGAAGAUGAGUACCAUUGUAUUUUGCUACUUAUAUGACGCAUAUUAUUUGUAUUCUGCUGAAUAUACUCAUUUCAACAAUCUGAUAUUCAGUGUCCAACGUGUUAGUCGUUUUCACAUCGUACUUGCAAACAAACAACUGCGUUUAAAACUGUAUCGUACAAAAAUCAUCCCCUCCCCUCAAAUCAGAUGCUCAGAUUUUCUCCAAGCUGGGUAUUCUAGCUGCAAACGUUCCUUUACCGGACUAAGCAAUAUCAUCAGUGCAAACCUCCCAUUUCUUCUGGAAAUUUGCCUAGUUUGUCAACGAUACAUUUGCAGCUAAACCACCAAACCUAGAAAACGACUUAACAUCUCCAUCGUUAGUUGACAGCGGGGCUUAUAAAUCGGCCGUUGCCAUUUCAUUGGAACAUUGUUUUUACCUUGUCUGCCGCUGAUUCAACAAUCUUCACCGAAUAUUAUUGACAUUUUCUUCCGUCAUCCUAUUUCAAGAUCACCAGUGCUGAUUUUUAAAACGUGCUUUGAGAUGCCGCACGUAAAUUUAUCAAAUGCGCUUUUGUAACUUAACGAACCAUAGUCCCGAUUAACAGACUGAGAUCCGACACAGAAAGCAAAUAUUAAUUUUUCCCUUUUUCAACGGAAAUUAUUACAUACAUAUACCGGACCAUGUUCGGGUGACAACUGCACCCGAUGCCAACUUUUCAAUCGAUGAAUUUGCGUUUUUAUGUUUGCCAUUUUAAUCCAUCCGCUGUAUUUAUUGUAAAAUGCAC